GGCGUGCUGGGUCCGGGCGACUGUAGAGGCGGUGGCGGCCGCGGGCGGUGGGAGGAGCCGCGUGGUUCCGGCUGCCGGGGCGAGGCGACCCUUGGGUCCGCGCCGCGGGCUGGGAGAACAGGUAGGGCAGCGGACUCCGGGGGAAGCUCAGGCAGCCUAGUCCCCCACCGCGCCCGGCGCGCCCCCAGCACCCUCGGCCUCUGGCAUUGAGGCGGGGGAGUAAGGAGAUGCCGACCCAGAGGGACAGCACUACCAUGUCGCACCCGAUCGCAGGCGGCGGCUUUGGGGACCACUCUCACCAGGUCCGGGUGAAAGCCUACUACCGCGGGGAUAUCAUGAUAACACAUUUUGAGCCUUCCAUCUCCUUUGAGGGCCUUUGCAGUGAGGUUCGAGACAUGUGUUCUUUUGACAAUGAACAGCUUUUCACCAUGAAAUGGAUUGAUGAGGAAGGAGACCCAUGUACAGUAUCAUCUCAGUUGGAGUUAGAAGAAGCCUUUAGGCUUUAUGAACUAAACAAGGAUUCUGAACUCUUGAUUCAUGUAUUUCCUUGUGUACCAGAACGUCCUGGAAUGCCCUGUCCAGGAGAAGAUAAAUCCAUCUACCGCCGAGGUGCACGCCGCUGGAGAAAGCUUUAUUGUGCAAAUGGCCACACUUUUCAAGCCAAGCGUUUCAACAGGCGUGCCCACUGUGCCAUCUGUACUGACCGAAUAUGGGGACUUGGACGCCAGGGAUAUAAGUGUAUCAACUGCAAACUCCUGGUUCAUAAGAAGUGCCACAAACUUGUCACAAUUGAAUGUGGGCGACAUUCUUUGCCACCGGAACCAAUGAUGCCCAUGGAUCAGUCAUCCAUGCACUCAGACCAUGCACAAACAGUAAUUCCAUAUAAUCCUUCAAGUCAUGAGAGUUUGGACCAAGUUGGUGAAGAAAAGGAGGCAAUGAACACCAGGGAAAGUGGCAAAGCUUCAUCCAGUCUAGGUCUUCAGGAUUUUGAUUUGCUCCGGGUAAUAGGAAGAGGAAGUUAUGCCAAAGUACUGUUGGUUCGAUUAAAAAAAACAGAUCGUAUUUAUGCAAUGAAAGUUGUGAAAAAAGAGCUUGUCAAUGAUGAUGAGGAUAUUGACUGGGUACAGACAGAGAAGCAUGUUUUUGAGCAGGCAUCCAAUCAUCCUUUUCUCGUUGGGCUGCAUUCUUGCUUUCAGACAGAAAGCAGAUUGUUCUUUGUCAUAGAGUAUGUAAAUGGAGGAGAUCUGAUGUUUCAUAUGCAGCGACAACGAAAACUUCCUGAAGAACAUGCCAGAUUUUACUCUGCAGAAAUCAGUCUAGCAUUAAAUUAUCUUCAUGAACGAGGGAUAAUUUAUAGAGAUUUGAAACUGGACAAUGUAUUGCUGGACUCGGAAGGACACAUUAAACUGACUGACUAUGGCAUGUGUAAGGAAGGAUUACGGCCAGGUGAUACAACCAGCACUUUCUGUGGUACUCCCAAUUACAUUGCUCCUGAAAUUUUAAGAGGAGAAGAUUACGGUUUCAGUGUUGACUGGUGGGCUCUUGGAGUGCUCAUGUUUGAGAUGAUGGCAGGAAGGUCUCCAUUCGAUAUUGUUGGGAGCUCCGAUAACCCUGAUCAAAACACGGAGGAUUACCUUUUCCAAGUUAUUUUGGAAAAACAAAUUCGCAUACCACGUUCUCUGUCUGUAAAAGCUGCAAGUGUCCUGAAGAGUUUUCUCAACAAGGACCCAAAGGAACGAUUGGGUUGUCAUCCUCAAACAGGAUUUGCUGAUAUUCAGGGACACCCAUUCUUCCGAAAUGUUGAUUGGGAUAUGAUGGAACAAAAGCAGGUGGUACCUCCCUUUAAACCAAAUAUUUCUGGGGAAUUUGGUUUGGACAACUUUGAUUCUCAGUUUACUAACGAACCUGUCCAGCUCACUCCAGAUGAUGAUGAUAUUGUGAGGAAGAUUGAUCAGUCUGAAUUUGAAGGUUUCGAGUAUAUCAAUCCUCUUUUGAUGUCUGCAGAAGAAUGCGUCUGAUCCUUAUUUCUCAACUAUGCAUUUUGCUUGUGUUGCCAUUUAAUGCAUGGAAAACAGCCUGGAUAUAAUGAACCAUUUGAUAUUUGCCACCUACAAAAAAAAGCACUCAAUAUCUUGUAUUGUUGACUAUAAGAGUCAAUUAUUACAUCUAAAUUUAACUAUGAAAAGAAACUAAGACUAGUUUCUAGACAAUCGUGUCAAAAUUUAGUUAUACUGAUAGUCUGUCAGCCUACUGAUGAGUAACAAAGUUGUCUUUUUCCUUU